AUGACUGAAAAAAAAGGUCUACAAGCCCUCACUUGGACUCCACCUCUCCACGCUUGUGCCACUGCUGCUGCUGCUGCUGCUGCUGCUGCUUCUGCCUCUGCUGCUACUGCUGCUGCUGCCACUGUUGCCACUGCUGCCCCCACUGCUGCUCUUGCUGCUCCCACCAUUCCUCCCUCUUCCCCAUGCCAUCCCUGUUCCCUCAUCCCCAUGCACAGGCCUUGUCUUCCAGUACCCGCCUCUACUCCCCCUCUCAUUCUCCAUGACCCUGUUCUCUCCAUUCUCGCCUAUCUCUUUCCUGUUGCCCCUUCUUCCCCUCCUGCUCGCCCUGCCCUCCCUGCUAUCUCUGCCCUCCCUGCUAGGCCGCCAGUCACCCCCGCUGCCAGUACUAACAACUGCAGCACUGGCUGUUGCUGGCUGGGCCUGCCUCCUGGAAGCAAGGGGAAAGGGGUUGCCGUGCCUCUCACCUGCCAUGCCUCUCACCUGCCAUGCCUCUCACCUGCCAUGCCUCUCACCUGCCAUGCCUCUCACCUGCCAUGCCUCUCACCCUGCCAUGCCUCUCACCUGCCAUGCCUCUCACCUGCCAUGCCUCUCACCUGCCAUGCCUCUCACCUGCCAUGCCUCUCACCUGCCAUGCCUCUCACCUGCCAUGCCUCUCACCUGCCAUGCCUCUCACCUGCCAUGCCUCUCACCUGCCAUGCCUCUCACCUGCCAUGCCUCUCACCUGCCAUGCCUCUCACCUGCCAUGCCUCUCACCUGCCAUGCCUCUCACCUGCCAUGCCUCUCACCUGCCAUGCCUCUCACCUGCCAUGCCUCUCACCUGCCAUGCCUCUCACCUGCCAUGCCUCUCACCUGCCAUGCCUCUCACCUGCCAUGCCUCUCACCUGCCAUGCCUCUCACCUGCCAUGCCUCUCACCUGCCAUGCCUCUCACCUGCCAUGCCUCUCACCUGCCAUGCCUCUCACCUGCCAUGCCUCUCACCUGCCAUGCCUCUCACCUGCCAUGCCUCUCACCUGCCAUGCCUCUCACCUGCCAUGCCUCUCACCUGCCAUGCCUCUCACCUGCCAUGCCUCUCACCUGCCAUGCCUCUCACCUGCCAUGCCUCUCACCUGCCAUGCCUCUCACCUGCCAUGCCUCUCACCUGCCAUGCCUCUCACCUGCCAUGCCUCUCACCUGCCAUGCCUCUCACCUGCCAUGCCUCUCACUGCAUGCUCACCUGCCAUGCCUCUCACCUGCCAUGCCUCUCACCUGCCAUGCCUCUCACCUGCCAUGCCUCUCACCUGCCAUGCCUCUCACCUGCCAUGCCUCUCACCUGCCAUGCCUCUCACCUGCCAUGCCUCUCACCUGCCAUGCCUCUCACCUGCCAUGCCUCUCACCUGCCAUGCCUCUCACCUGCCAUGCCUCUCACCUGCCAUGCCUCUCACCUGCCAUGCCUCUCACCUGCCAUGCCUCUCACCUGCCAUGCCUCUCACCUGCCAUGCCCUCUCACCUGCCAUGCCUCUCACCUGCCAUGCCUCUCACCUGCCAUGCCUCUCACCUGCCAUGCCUCUCACCUGCCAUGCCUCUCACCUGCCAUGCCUCUCACCUGCCAUGCCUCUCACCUGCCAUGCCUCUCACCUGCCAUGCCUCUCACCUGCCAUGCCUCUCACCUGCCAUGCCUCUCACCUGCCAUGCCUCUCACCUGCCAUGCCUCUCACCUGUCCAUGCCUCUCACCUGUCAUGCCUCUCACCUGCCAUGCCUCUCACCUGCCAUGCCUCUCACCUGCCAUGCCUCUCACCUGCCAUGCCUCUCACCUGCCAUGCCUCUCACCUGCCAUGCCUCUCACCUGCCAUGCCUCUCACCUGCCAUGCCUCUCACCUGCCAUGCCUCUCACCUGCCAUGCCUCUCACCUGCCAUGCCUCUCACCUGCCAUGCCUCUCACCUGCCAUGCCUCUCACCUGCCAUGCCUCUCACCUGCCAUGCCUCUCACCUGCCAUGCCUCUCACCUGCCAUGCCUCUCACCUGCCAUGCCUCUCACCUGCCAUGCCUCUCACCUGCCAUGCCUCUCACCUGCCAUGCCUCUCACCUGCCAUGCCUCUCACCUGCCAUGCCUCUCACCUGCCAUGCCUCUCACCUGCCAUGCCUCUCACCUGCCAUGCCUCUCACCUGCCAUGCCUCUCACCUGCCAUGCCUCUCACCUCUCAUGCCUCUCACCUCUCAUGCCUCUCACCUCUCAUGCCUCUCACCUCUCAUGCCUCUCACCUCUCAUGCCUCUCACCUCUCAUGCCUCUCACCUGUCAUGCCUCUCACCUGCCAUGCCUCUCACCUGCCAUGCCUCUCACCUGCCAUGCCUCUCACCUGCCAUGCCUCUCACCUGCCAUGCCUCUCACCUGCCAUGCCUCUCACCUGUCAUGCCUCUCACCUGUCAUGCCUCUCACCUGCCAUGCCUCUCACCUGUCAUGCCUCUCACCUGUCAUGCCUCUCACCUGCCAUGCCUCUCACCUGCCAUGCCUCUCACCUGCCAUGCCUCUCACCUGUCAUGCCUCUCACCUGCCAUGCCUCUCACCUGCCAUGCCUCUCACCUGUCAUGCCUCUCACCUGUCAUGCCUCUCACCUGUCAUGCCUCUCACCUGUCAUGCCUCUCACCUGUCAUGCCUCUCACCUGUCAUGCCUCUCACCUGCCAUGCCUCUCACCUGUCAUGCCUCUCACCUGUCAUGCCUCUCACCUGCCAUGCCUCUCACCUGCCAUGCCUCUCACCUGCCAUGCCUCUCACCUGCCAUGCCUCUCACCUGCCAUGCCUCUCACCUGUCAUGCCUCUCACCUGUCAUGCCUCUCACCUGCCAUGCCUCUCACCUGUCAUGCCUCUCACCUGUCAUGCCUCUCACCUGUCAUGCCUCUCACCUGUCAUGCCUCUCACCUGCCAUGCCUCUCACCUGCCAUGCCUCUCACCUGUCAUGCCUCUCACCUGCCAUGCCUCUCACCUGUCAUGCCUCUCACCUGUCAUGCCUCUCACCUGUCAUGCCUCUCACCUGUCAUGCUCAUGCCUCUCACCUGUCAUGCUCAUGCCUCUCACCUGUCAUGCUCAUGCCUCUCACCUGUCAUGCUCAUGCCUCUCACCUGUCAUGCUCAUGCCUCUCACCUGUCAUGCCUCUCACCUGUCAUGCCUCUCACCUGUCAUGCCUCUCACCUGUCAUGCUCAUGCCUCUCACCUGUCAUGCUCAUGCCUCUCACCUGUCAUGCCCAUGCCUCUCACCUGUCAUGCCCAUGCCUCUCACCUGUCAUGCCCAUGCCUCUCACCUGUCAUGCCUCUCACCUGUCAUGCCCAUGCCUCUCACCUGUCAUGCCCAUGCCUCUCACCUGUCAUGCCUCUCACCUGUCAUGCCUCUCACCUGUCAUGCCUCUCACCUGUCAUGCCUCUCACCUGUCAUGCCUCUCACCUGUCAUGCCUCUCACCUGUCAUGCCUCUCACCUGUCAUGCCUCUCACCUGUCAUGCCUCUCACCUGUCAUGCCUCUCACCUGUCAUGCCUCUCACCUGUCAUGCCUCUCACCUGUCAUGCCUCUUCACCUGUCAUGCCUCUCACCUGCCAUGCCUCUCACCUGCCAUGCCUCUCACCUGUCAUGCCUCUCACCUGUCAUGCCUCUCACCUGCCAUGCCUCUCACCUGCCAUGCCUCUCACCUGCCAUGCCUCUCACCUGCCAUGCCUCUCACCUGCCAUGCCUCUCACCUGCCAUGCCUCUCACCUGCCAUGCCUCUCACCUGUCAUGCCUCUCACCUGUCAUGCCUCUCACCUGCCAUGCCUCUCACCUGCCAUGCCUCUCACCUGUCAUGCCUCUCACCUGUCAUGCCUCUCACCUGUCAUGCCUCUCACCUGUCAUGCCUCUCACCUGCCAUGCCUCUCACCUGCCAUGCCUCUCACCUGCCAUGCCUCUCACCUGCCAUGCCUCUCACCUGUCAUGCCUCUCACCUGUCAUGCCUCUCACCUGUCAUGCCUCUCACCUGUCAUGCCUCUCACCUGCCAUGCCUCUCACCUGUCAUGCCUCUCACCUGCCAUGCCUCUCACCUGUCAUGCCUCUCACCUGUCAUGCCUCUCACCUGUCAUGCCUCUCACCUGUCAUGCCUCUCACCUGUCAUGCCUCUCACCUGCCAUGCCUCUCACCUGGCAUGCCUCUCACCUGGCAUGCCUCUCACCUGUCAUGCCUCUCACCUGCCAUGCCUCUCACCUGUCAUGCCUCUCACCUGUCAUGCCUCUCACCUGUCAUGCCUCUCACCUGCCAUGCCUCUCACCUGCCAUGCCUCUCACCUGCCAUGCCUCUCACCUGUCAUGCCUCUCACCUGUCAUGCCUCUCACCUGUCAUGCCUCUCACCUGCCAUGCCUCUCACCUGUCAUGCCUCUCACCUGUCAUGCCUCUCACCUGUCAUGCCUCUCACCUGCCAUGCCUCUCACCUGCCAUGCCUCUCACCUGCCAUGCCUCUCACCUGCCAUGCCUCUCACCUGCCAUGCCUCUCACCUGUCAUGCCUCUCACCUGUCAUGCCUCUCACCUGUCAUGCCUCUCACCUGUCAUGCCUCUCACCUGUCAUGCCUCUCACCUGUCAUGCCUCUCACCUGCCAUGCCUCUCACCUGCCAUGCCUCUCACCUGCCAUGCCUCUCACCUGUCAUGCCUCUCACCUGCCAUGCCUCUCACCUGCCAUGCCUCUCACCUGCCAUGCCUCUCACCUGUCAUGCCUCUCACCUGCCAUGCCUCUCACCUGCCAUGCCUCUCACCUGCCAUGCCUCUCACCUGCCAUGCCUCUCACCUGCCAUGCCUCUCACCUGUCAUGCCUCUCACCUGUCAUGCCUCUCACCUGUCAUGCCUCUCACCUGCCAUGCCUCUCACCUGUCAUGCCUCUCACCUGUCAUGCCUCUCACCUGCCAUGCCUCUCACCUGCCAUGCCUCUCACCUGCCAUGCCUCUCACCUGUCAUGCCUCUCACCUGUCAUGCCUCUCACCUGCCAUGCCUCUCACCUGUCAUGCCUCUCACCUGUCAUGCCUCUCACCUGUCAUGCCUCUCACCUGUCAUGCCUCUCACCUGUCAUGCCUCUCACCUGUCAUGCCUCUCACCUGUCAUGCCUCUCACCUGUCAUGCCUCUCACCUGUCAUGCCUCUCACCUGUCAUGCCUCUCACCUGCCAUGCCUCUCACCUGCCAUGCCUCUCACCUGCCAUGCCUCUCACCUGCCAUGCCUCUCACCUGCCAUGCCUCUCACCUGCCAUGCCUCUCACCUGCCAUGCCUCUCACCUGUCAUGCCUCUCACCUGUCAUGCCUCUCACCUGCCAUGCCUCUCACCUGCCAUGCCUCUCACCUGCCAUGCCUCUCACCUGCCAUGCCUCUCACCUGCCAUGCCUCUCACCUGCCAUGCCUCUCACCUGCCAUGCCUCUCACCUGCCAUGCCUCUCACCUGCCAUGCCUCUCACCUGCCAUGCCUCUCACCUGCCAUGCCUCUCACCUGCCAUGCCUCUCACCUGUCCAUGCCUCUCACCUGUCAUGCCUCUCACCUGCCAUGCCUCUCACCUGCCAUGCCUCUCACCUGCCAUGCCUCUCACCUGUCAUGCCUCUCACCUGUCAUGCCUCUCACCUGUCAUGCCUCUCACCUGUCAUGCCUCUCACCUGCCAUGCCUCUCACCUGCCAUGCCUCUCACCUGCCAUGCCUCUCACCUGUCAUGCCUCUCACCUGUCAUGCCUCUCACCUGUCAUGCCUCUCACCUGUCAUGCCUCUCACCUGUCAUGCCUCUCACCUGUCAUGCCUCUCACCUGUCAUGCCUCUCACCUGUCAUGCCUCUCACCUGUCAUGCCUCUCACCUGUCAUGCCUCUCACCUGUCAUGCCUCUCACCUGUCAUGCCUCUCACCUGUCAUGCCUCUCACCUGUCAUGCCUCUCACCUGUCAUGCCUCUCACCUGUCAUGCCUCUCACCUGUCAUGCCUCUCACCUGUCAUGCCUCUCACCUGCCAUGCCUCUCACCUGCCAUGCCUCUCACCUGUCAUGCCUCUCACCUGUCAUGCCUCUCACCUGUCAUGCCUCUCACCUGUCAUGCCUCUCACCUGCCAUGCCUCUCACCUGCCAUGCCUCUCACCUGCCAUGCCUCUCACCUGCCAUGCCUCUCACCUGCCAUGCCUCUCACCUGUCAUGCCUCUCACCUGUCAUGCCUCUCACCUGUCAUGCCUCUCACCUGUCAUGCCUCUCACCUGUCAUGCCUCUCACCUGUCAUGCCUCUCACCUGUCAUGCCUCUCACCUGUCAUGCCUCUCACCUGUCAUGCCUCUCACCUGUCAUGCCUCUCACCUGUCAUGCCUCUCACCUGCCAUGCCUCUCACCUGCCAUGCCUCUCACCUGCCAUGCCUCUCACCUGCCAUGCCUCUCACCUGCCAUGCCUCUCACCUGUCAUGCCUCUCACCUGUCAUGCCUCUCACCUGUCAUGCCUCUCACCUGUCAUGCCUCUCACCUGUCAUGCCUCUCACCUGCCAUGCCUCUCACCUGCCAUGCCUCUCACCUGCCAUGCCUCUCACCUGCCAUGCCUCUCACCUGCCAUGCCUCUCACCUGUCAUGCCUCUCACCUGUCAUGCCUCUCACCUGCCAUGCCUCUCACCUGCCAUGCCUCUCACCUGCCAUGCCUCUCACCUGCCAUGCCUCUCACCUGCCAUGCCUCUCACCUGCCAUGCCUCUCACCUGCCAUGCCUCUCACCUGUCAUGCCUCUCACCUGUCAUGCCUCUCACCUGUCAUGCCUCUCACCUGUCAUGCCUCUCACCUGUCAUGCCUCUCACCUGUCAUGCCUCUCACCUGUCAUGCCUCUCACCUGUCAUGCCUCUCACCUGUCAUGCCUCUCACCUGUCAUGCCUCUCACCUGUCAUGCCUCUCACCUGUCAUGCCUCUCACCUGCCAUGCCUCUCACCUGCCAUGCCUCUCACCUGCCAUGCCUCUCACCUGCCAUGCCUCUCACCUGCCAUGCCUCUCACCUGCCAUGCCUCUCACCUGUCAUGCCUCUCACCUGUCAUGCCUCUCACCUGUCAUGCCUCUCACCUGUCAUGCCUCUCACCUGUCAUGCCUCUCACCUGUCAUGCCUCUCACCUGUCAUGCCUCUCACCUGUCAUGCCUCUCACCUGUCAUGCCUCUCACCUGUCAUGCCUCUCACCUGUCAUGCCUCUCACCUGUCAUGCCUCUCACCUGUCAUGCCUCUCACCUGUCAUGCCUCUCACCUGUCAUGCCUCUCACCUGUCAUGCCUCUCACCUGUCAUGCCUCUCACCUGUCAUGCCUCUCACCUGCCAUGCCUCUCACCUGCCAUGCCUCUCACCUGCCAUGCCUCUCACCUGCCAUGCCUCUCACCUGUCCAUGCCUCUCACCUGUCAUGCCUCUCACCUGUCAUGCCUCUCACCUGUCAUGCCUCUCACCUGUCAUGCCUCUCACCUGUCAUGCCUCUCACCUGUCAUGCCUCUCACCUGUCAUGCCUCUCACCUGUCAUGCCUCUCACCUGUCAUGCCUCUCACCUGUCAUGCCUCUCACCUGUCAUGCCUCUCACCUGUCAUGCCUCUCACCUGCCAUGCCUCUCACCUGCCAUGCCUCUCACCUGCCAUGCCUCUCACCUGUCAUGCCUCUCACCUGUCAUGCCUCUCACCUGUCAUGCCUCUCACCUGUCAUGCCUCUCACCUGUCAUGCCUCUCACCUGUCAUGCCUCUCACCUGUCAUGCCUCUCACCUGUCAUGCCUCUCACCUGUCAUGCCUCUCACCUGUCAUGCCUCUCACCUGUCAUGCCUCUCACCUGUCAUGCCUCUCACCUGCCAUGCCUCUCACCUGCCAUGCCUCUCACCUGCCAUGCCUCUCACCUGCCAUGCCUCUCACCUGUCAUGCCUCUCACCUGUCAUGCCUCUCACCUGUCAUGCCUCUCACCUGUCAUGCCUCUCACCUGUCAUGCCUCUCACCUGUCAUGCCUCUCACCUGUCAUGCCUCUCACCUGUCAUGCCUCUCACCUGUCAUGCCUCUCACCUGUCAUGCCUCUCACCUGUCAUGCCUCUCACCUGUCAUGCCUCUCACCUGUCAUGCCUCUCACCUGUCAUGCCUCUCACCUGCCAUGCCUCUCACCUGCCAUGCCUCUCACCUGCCAUGCCUCUCACCUGUCAUGCCUCUCACCUGUCAUGCCUCUCACCUGUCAUGCCUCUCACCUGUCAUGCCUCUCACCUGUCAUGCCUCUCACCUGUCAUGCCUCUCACCUGUCAUGCCUCUCACCUGUCAUGCCUCUCACCUGUCAUGCCUCUCACCUGUCAUGCCUCUCACCUGUCAUGCCUCUCACCUGUCAUGCCUCUCACCUGUCAUGCCUCUCACCUGCCAUGCCUCUCACCUGCCAUGCCUCUCACCUGCCAUGCCUCUCACCUGCCAUGCCUCUCACCUGUCAUGCCUCUCACCUGUCAUGCCUCUCACCUGCCAUGCCUCUCACCUGCCAUGCCUCUCACCUGUCAUGCCUCUCACCUGCCAUGCCUCUCACCUGCCAUGCCUCUCACCUGUCAUGCCUCUCACCUGUCAUGCCUCUCACCUGCCAUGCCUCUCACCUGUCAUGCCUCUCACCUGCCAUGCCUCUCACCUGCCAUGCCUCUCACCUGCCAUGCCUCUCACCUGCCAUGCCUCUCACCUGCCAUGCCUCUCACCUGCCAUGCCUCUCACCUGCCAUGCCUCUCACCUGCCAUGCCUCUCACCUGCCAUGCCUCUCACCUGCAUGCCUCUCACCUGUCAUGCCUCUCACCUGUCAUGCCUCUCACCUGUCAUGCCUCUCACCUGUCAUGCCUCUCACCUGUCAUGCCUCUCACCUGUCAUGCCUCUCACCUGUCAUGCCUCUCACCUGUCAUGCCUCUCACCUGCCAUGCCUCUCACCUGCCAUGCCUCUCACCUGCCAUGCCUCUCACCUGCCAUGCCUCUCACCUGCCAUGCCUCUCACCUGUCAUGCCUCUCACCUGUCAUGCCUCUCACCUGUCAUGCCUCUCACCUGUCAUGCCUCUCACCUGUCAUGCCUCUCACCUGUCAUGCCUCUCACCUGUCAUGCCUCUCACCUGUCAUGCCUCUCACCUGUCAUGCCUCUCACCUGUCAUGCCUCUCACCUGUCAUGCCUCUCACCUGUCAUGCCUCUCACCUGUCAUGCCUCUCACCUGUCAUGCCUCUCACCUGCCAUGCCUCUCACCUGCCAUGCCUCUCACCUGCCAUGCCUCUCACCUGCCAUGCCUCUCACCUGCCAUGCCUCUCACCUGCCAUGCCUCUCACCUGUCAUGCCUCUCACCUGUCAUGCCUCUCACCUGUCAUGCCUCUCACCUGUCAUGCCUCUCACCUGUCAUGCCUCUCACCUGUCAUGCCUCUCACCUGUCAUGCCUCUCACCUGUCAUGCCUCUCACCUGUCAUGCCUCUCACCUGUCAUGCCUCUCACCUGUCAUGCCUCUCACCUGUCAUGCCUCUCACCUGUCAUGCCUCUCACCUGUCCAUGCCUCUCACCUGCCAUGCCUCUCACCUGCCAUGCCUCUCACCUGCCAUGCCUCUCACCUGCCAUGCCUCUCACCUGCAUGCCUCUCACCUGUCAUGCCUCUCACCUGUCAUGCCUCUCACCUGUCAUGCCUCUCACCUGUCAUGCCUCUCACCUGUCAUGCCUCUCACCUGUCAUGCCUCUCACCUGUCAUGCCUCUCACCUGUCAUGCCUCUCACCUGUCAUGCCUCUCACCUGUCAUGCCUCUCACCUGUCAUGCCUCUCACCUGUCAUGCCUCUCACCUGUCAUGCCUCUCACCUGUCAUGCCUCUCACCUGUCAUGCCUCUCACCUGCCAUGCCUCUCACCUGCCAUGCCUCUCACCUGCCAUGCCUCUCACCUGCAUGCCUCUCACCUGUCAUGCCUCUCACCUGUCAUGCCUCUCACCUGUCAUGCCUCUCACCUGUCAUGCCUCUCACCUGUCAUGCCUCUCACCUGUCAUGCCUCUCACCUGUCAUGCCUCUCACCUGUCAUGCCUCUCACCUGUCAUGCCUCUCACCUGUCAUGCCUCUCACCUGUCAUGCCUCUCACCUGCCAUGCCUCUCACCUGCCAUGCCUCUCACCUGCCAUGCCUCUCACCUGCCAUGCCUCUCACCUGUCAUGCCUCUCACCUGUCAUGCCUCUCACCUGUCAUGCCUCUCACCUGUCAUGCCUCUCACCUGUCAUGCCUCUCACCUGUCAUGCCUCUCACCUGCCAUGCCUCUCACCUGCCAUGCCUCUCACCUGCCAUGCCUCUCACCUGCCAUGCCUCUCACCUGUCAUGCCUCUCACCUGUCAUGCCUCUCACCUGUCAUGCCUCUCACCUGCCAUGCCUCUCACCUGUCAUGCCUCUCACCUGUCAUGCCUCUCACCUGUCAUGCCUCUCACCUGUCAUGCCUCUCACCUGUCAUGCCUCUCACCUGUCAUGCCUCUCACCUGUCAUGCCUCUCACCUGUCAUGCCUCUCACCUGCCAUGCCUCUCACCUGCCAUGCCUCUCACCUGCCAUGCCUCUCACCUGCCAUGCCUCUCACCUGUCAUGCCUCUCACCUGUCAUGCCUCUCACCUGUCAUGCCUCUCACCUGUCAUGCCUCUCACCUGCCAUGCCUCUCACCUGCCAUGCCUCUCACCUGCCAUGCCUCUCACCUGCCAUGCCUCUCACCUGCCAUGCCUCUCACCUGCCAUGCCUCUCACCUGCCAUGCCUCUCACCUGCCAUGCCUCUCACCUGCCAUGCCUCUCACCUGCCAUGCCUCUCACCUGUCAUGCCUCUCACCUCCUCUCACCUGCCAUGCCUCAGCCUCUCACCUGCCAUGCCUCUGCCUCUCACCUGCCAUGCCUCUCACCUGCCAUGCCUCUCACCUGCCAUGCCUCUCACCUGCCAUGCCUCUCACCUGCCAUGCCUCUCACCUGCCAUGCCUCUCACCUGCCAUGCCUCUCACCUGCCAUGCCUCUCACCUGCCAUGCCUCUCACCUGCCAUGCCUCUCACCUGCCAUGCCUCUCACCUGUCAUGCCUCUCACCUGUCAUGCCUCUCACCUGCCAUGCCUCUCACCUGCCAUGCCUCUCACCUGCCAUGCCUCUCACCUGCCAUGCCUCUCACCUGCCAUGCCUCUCACCUGCCAUGCCUCUCACCUGUCAUGCCUCUCACCUGUCAUGCCUCUCACCUGUCAUGCCUCUCACCUGUCAUGCCUCUCACCUGCCAUGCCUCUCACCUGCCAUGCCUCUCACCUGCCAUGCCUCUCACCUGCCAUGCCUCUCACCUGUCAUGCCUCUCACCUGCCAUGCCUCUCACCUGCCAUGCCUCUCACCUGCCAUGCCUCUCACCUGCCAUGCCUCUCACCUGUCAUGCCUCUCACCUGUCAUGCCUCUCACCUGUCAUGCCUCUCACCUGUCAUGCCUCUCACCUGUCAUGCCUCUCACCUGUCAUGCCUCUCACCUGUCAUGCCUCUCACCUGCCAUGCCUCUCACCUGCCAUGCCUCUCACCUGCCAUGCCUCUCACCUGCCAUGCCUCUCACCUGUCAUGCCUCUCACCUGUCAUGCCUCUCACCUGUCAUGCCUCUCACCUGUCAUGCCUCUCACCUGUCAUGCCUCUCACCUGUCAUGCCUCUCACCUGUCAUGCCUCUCACCUGUCAUGCCUCUCACCUGCCAUGCCUCUCACCUGCCAUGCCCUCUCACCUGCCAUGCCUCUCACCUGUCAUGCCUCUCACCUGUCAUGCCUCUCACCUGUCAUGCCUCUCACCUGUCAUGCCUCUCACCUGUCAUGCCUCUCACCUGUCAUGCCUCUCACCUGUCAUGCCUCUCACCUGUCAUGCCUCUCACCUGUCAUGCCUCUCAACCUGUCAUGCCUCUCACCUGCCAUGCCUCUCACCUGCCAUGCCUCUCACCUGCCAUGCCUCUCACCUGUCAUGCCUCUCACCUGUCAUGCCUCUCACCUGUCAUGCUCUCCCUUCAUGCCUCUCACCUGUCAUGCCUCUCACCUGUCAUGCCUCUCACCUGUCAUGCCUCUCACCUGUCAUGCCUCUCACCUGUCAUGCCUCUCACCUGUCAUGCCUCUCACCUGUCAUGCCUCUCACCUGUCAUGCCUCUCACCUGUCAUGCCUCUCACCUGUCAUGCCUCUCACCUGUCAUGCCUCUCACCUGUCAUGCCUCUCACCUGUCAUGCCUCUCACCUGUCAUGCCUCUCACCUGUCAUGCCUCUCACCUGUCAUGCCUCUCACCUGCCAUGCCUCUCACCUGCCAUGCCUCUCACCUGUCAUGCCUCUCACCUGUCAUGCCUCUCACCUGUCAUGCCUCUCACCUGUCAUGGCCUCUCACCUGUCAUGCCUCUCACCUGUCAUGCCUCUCACCUGUCAUGCCUCUCACCUGUCAUGCCUCUCACCUGUCAUGCCUCUCACCUGUCAUGCCUCUCACCUGUCAUGCCUCUCACCUGUCAUGCCUCUCACCUGUCAUGCCUCUCACCUGUCAUGCCUCUCACCUGCCAUGCCUCUCACCUGCCAUGCCUCUCACCUGCCAUGCCUCUCACCUGUCAUGCCUCUCACCUGUCAUGCCUCUCACCUGUCAUGCCUCUCACCUGUCAUGCCUCUCACCUGUCAUGCCUCUCACCUGUCAUGCCUCUCACCUGUCAUGCCUCUCACCUGUCAUGCCUCUCACCUGUCAUGCCUCUCACCUGCCAUGCCUCUCACCUGUCAUGCCUCUCACCUGCCAUGCCUCUCACCUGCCAUGCCUCUCACCUGCCAUGCCUCUCACCUGUCAUGCCUCUCACCUGUCAUGCCUCUCACCUGCCAUGCCUCUCACCUGCCAUGCCUCUCACCUGCCAUGCCUCUCACCUGUCAUGCCUCUCACCUGUCAUGCCUCUCACCUGUCAUGCCUCUCACCUGUCAUGCCUCUCACCUGUCAUGCCUCUCACCUGUCAUGCCUCUCACCUGUCAUGCCUCUCACCUGUCAUGCCUCUCACCUGCCAUGCCUCUCACCUGCCAUGCCUCUCACCUGCCAUGCCUCUCACCUGUCAUGCCUCUCACCUGUCAUGCCUCUCACCUGCCAUGCCUCUCACCUGCCAUGCCUCUCACCUGCCAUGCCUCUCACCUGCCAUGCCUCUCACCUGCCAUGCCUCUCACCUGUCAUGCCUCGCACCUGUCAUGCCUCGCACCUGUCAUGCCUCGCACCUGUCAUGCCUCGCACCUGUCAUGCCUCUCACCUGUCAUGCCUCUCACCUGUCAUGCCUCUCACCUGCCAUGCCUCUCACCUGCCAUGCCUCUCACCUGCCAUGCCUCUCACCUGCCAUGCAUCUCACCUGCCAUGCCUCUCACCUGCCAUGCCUCUCACCUGCCAUGCCUCUCACCUGCCAUGCCUCUCACCUGCCAUGCCUCUCACCUGUCAUGCCUCUCACUGUCAUGCCUCUCACCUGUCAUGCCUCUCACCUGUCAUGCCUCUCACCUGCCAUGCCUCUCACCUGCCAUGCCUCUCACCUGCCAUGCCUCUCACCUGUCAUGCCUCUCACCUGUCAUGCCUCUCACCUGCCAUGCCUCUCACCUGCCAUGCCUCUCACCUGCCAUGCCUCUCACCUGCCAUGCCUCUCACCUGCCAUGCCUCUCACCUGCCAUGCCUCUCACCUGUCAUGCCUCUCACCUGUCAUGCCUCUCACCUGUCAUGCCUCUCACCUGUCAUGCCUCUCACCUGUCAUGCCUCUCACCUGUCAUGCCUCUCACCUGUCAUGCCUCUCACCUGUCAUGCCUCUCACCUGUCAUGCCUCUCACCUGUCAUGCCUCUCACCUGUCAUGCCUCUCACCUGUCAUGCCUCUCACCUGUCAUGCCUCUCACCUGUCAUGCCUCUCACCUGUCAUGCCUCUCACCUGUCAUGCCUCUCACCUGUCAUGCCUCUCACCUGUCAUGCCUCUCACCUGUCAUGCCUCUCACCUGUCAUGCCUCUCACCUGUCAUGCCUCUCACCUGUCAUGCCUCUCACCUGUCAUGCCUCUCACCUGUCAUGCCUCUCACCUGUCAUGCCUCUCGCCUGCCAUGCCUCUCGCCUGCCAUGCCUCUCACCUGCCAUGCCUCUCACCUGCCAUGCCUCUCACCUGCCAUGCCUCCUGCCAUGCCUCUCACCUGUCAUGCCUCUCACCUGUCAUGCCUCUCACCUGUCAUGCCUCUCACCUGUCAUGCCUCUCACCUGUCAUGCCUCUCACCUGUCAUGCCUCUCACCUGUCAUGCCUCUCACCUGUCAUGCCUCUCACCUGUCAUGCCUCUCACCUGUCAUGCCUCUCACCUGUCAUGCCUCUCACCUGUCAUGCCUCUCACCUGUCAUGCCUCUCACCUGUCAUGCCUCUCACCUGUCAUGCCUCUCACCUGUCAUGCCUCUCACCUGUCAUGCCUCUCACCUGUCAUGCCUCUCACCUGUCAUGCCUCUCACCUGUCAUGCCUCGCACCUGUCAUGCCUCGCACCUGUCAUGCCUCGCACCUGUCAUGCCUCUCACCUGUCAUGCCUCUCACCUGUCAUGCCUCUCACCUGUCAUGCCUCUCACCUGCCAUGCCUCUCACCUGCCAUGCCUCUCACCUGCCAUGCCUCUCACCUGCCAUGCCUCUCACCUGUGCCUCUCACCUGUCAUGCCUCUCACCUGUCAUGCCUCUCACCUGUCAUGCCUCUCACCUGUCAUGCCUCUCACCUGUCAUGCCUCUCACCUGUCAUGCCUCUCACCUGUCAUGCCUCUCACCUGUCAUGCCUCUCACCUGUCAUGCCUCUCACCUGUCAUGCCUCUCACCUGUCAUGCCUCUCACCUGUCAUGCCUCUCACCUGUCAUGCCUCUCACCUGUCAUGCCUCUCACCUGUCAUGCCUCUCACCUGUCAUGCCUCUCACCUGUCAUGCCUCUCACCUGUCAUGCCUCUCACCUGUCAUGCCUCGCACCUGUCAUGCCUCGCACCUGUCAUGGCCUCGCACCUGUCAUGCCUCUCACCUGUCAUGCCUCUCACCUGUCAUGCCUCUCACCUGUCAUGCCUCUCACCUGCCAUGCCUCUCACCUGCCAUGCCUCUCACCUGCCAUGCCUCUCACCUGCCAUGCCUCUCACCUGCCAUGCCCUCUCACCUGUCAUGCCUCUCACCUGUCAUGCCUCUCACCUGUCAUGCCUCUCACCUGUCAUGCCUCUCACCUGUCAUGCCUCUCACCUGUCAUGCCUCUCACCUGUCAUGCCUCUCACCUGUCAUGCCUCUCACCUGUCAUGCCUCUCACCUGUCAUGCCUCUCACCUGUCAUGCCUCUCACCUGUCAUGCCUCUCACCUGUCAUGCCUCUCACCUGUCAUGCCUCUCACCUGCCAUGCCUCUCACCCUGCCAUGCCUCUCACCUGUCAUGCCUCUCACCUGUCAUGCCUCUCACCUGUCAUGCCUCUCACCUGUCAUGCCUCUCACCUGUCAUGCCUCUCACCUGUCAUGCCUCUCACCUGUCAUGCCUCUCACCUGCCAUGCCUCUCACCUGUCAUGCCUCUCACCUGUCAAUGCCUCUCACCUGUCAUGGCCUCUCACCUGUCAUGCCUCUCACCUGUCAUGCCUCUCACCUCUCAUGCCUCUCACCUGUCAUGCCUCUCACCUGUCAUGCCUCUCACCUGUCAUGCCUCUCACCUGUCAUGCCUCUCACCUGUCAUGCCUCUCACCUGUCAUGCCUCUCACCUGUCAUGCCUCUCACCUGCCAUGCCUCUCACCUGCCAUGCCUCUCACCUGUCAUGCCUCUCACCUGUCAUGCCUCUCACCUGUCAUGCCUCUCACCUGUCAUGCCUCUCACCUGUCAUGCCUCUCACCUGUCAUGCCUCUCACCUGUCAUGCCUCUCACCUGUCAUGCCUCUCACCUGUCAUGCCUCUCACCUGUCAUGCCUCUCACCUGUCAUGCCUCUCACCUGUCAUGCCUCUCACCUGCCAUGCCUCUCACCUGUCAUGCCUCUCACCUGUCAUGCCUCUCACCUGUCAUGCCUCUCACCUGUCAUGCCUCUCACCUGUCAUGCCUCUCACCUGUCAUGCCUCUCACCUGCCAUGCCUCUCACCUGCCAUGCCUCUCACCUGCCAUGCCUCUCACCUGCCAUGCCUCUCACCUGUCAUGCCUCUCACCUGUCAUGCCUCUCACCUGUCAUGCCUCUCACCUGUCAUGCCUCUCACCUGUCAUGCCUCUCACCUGUCAUGCCUCUCACCUGUCAUGCCUCUCACCUGUCAUGCCUCUCACCUGCCAUGCCUCUCACCUGCCAUGCCUCUCACCUGCCAUGCCUCUCACCUGUCAUGCCUCUCACCUGUCAUGCCUCUCACCUGUCAUGCCUCUCACCUGCCAUGCCUCUCACCUGCCAUGCCUCUCACCUGUCAUGCCUCUCACCUGUCAUGCCUCUCACCUGUCAUGCCUCUCACCUGUCAUGCCUCUCACCUGUCAUGCCUCUCACCUGUCAUGCCUCUCACCUGUCAUGCCUCUCACCUGUCAUGCCUCUCACCUGUCAUGCCUCUCACCUGUCAUGGCCUCUCACCUGUCAUGGCCUCUCACCUGUCAUGCCUCUCACCUGUCAUGCCUCCACAUGCAUGCCUCUCACCUGCCAUGCCUCUCACCUGCCAAUGCCUCUCACCUGUCAUGCCUCUCACCUGUCAUGCCUCUCACCUGUCAUGCCUCUCACCUGUCAUGCCUCUCACCUGUCAUGCCUCUCACCUGUCAUGCCUCUCACCUGUCAUGCCUCUCACCUGUCAUGCCUCUCACCUGUCAUGCCUCUCACCUGUCAUGCCUCUCACCUGUCAUGCCUCUCACCUGUCAUGCCUCUCACCUGUCAUGCCUCUCACCUGUCAUGCCUCUCACCUGCCAUGCCUCUCACCUGCCAUGCCUCUCACCUGCAUGCCUCUCACCUGUCAUGCCUCUCACCUGUCAUGCCUCUCACCUGCCAUGCCUCUCACCUGCCUGCCUCUCACCUGCCAUGCCUCUCACCUGCCAUGCCUCUCACCUGUCAUGCCUCUCACCUGUCAUGCCUCUCACCUGUCAUGCCUCUCCACCUGUCAUGCCUCUCACCUGUCAUGCCUCUCACCUGUCAUGCCUCUCACCUGUCAUGCCUCUCACCUGUCAUGCCUCUCACCUGCCAUGCCUCUCACCUGCCAUGCCUCUCACCUGUCAUGCCUCUCACCUGUCAUGCCUCUCACCUGUCAUGCCUCUCACCUGUCAUGCCUCUCACCUGUCAUGCCUCUCACCUGCCAUGCCUCUCACCUGCCAUGCCUCUCACCUGCCAUGCCUCUCACCUGUCAUGCCUCUCACCUGUCAUGCCUCUCACCUGUCAUGCCUCUCACCUGCCAUGCCUCUCACCUGCCAUGCCUCUCACCUGCCAUGCCUCUCACCUGCCAUGCCUCUCACCUGCCAUGCCUCUCACCUGUCAUGCCUCUCACCUGUCAUGCCUCUCACCUGUCAUGCCUCUCACCUGUCAUGCCUCUCACCUGUCAUGCCUCUCACCUGUCAUGCCUCUCACCUGUCAUGCCUCUCACCUGUCAUGCCUCUCACCUGUCAUGCCUCUCACCUGUCAUGCCUCUCACCUGUCAUGCCUCUCACCUGCCAUGCCUCUCACCUGCCAUGCCUCUCACCUGCCAUGCUCUCACCUGCCAUGUCACCUGUCAUGCCUCUCACCUGUCAUGCCUCUCACCUGUCAUGCCUCUCACCUGUCAUGCCUCUCACCUGUCAUGCCUCUCACCUGUCAUGCCUCUCACCUGUCAUGUGCUCCACCUUCAUGCCUCUCACCUGUCAUGCCUCUCACCUGUCAUGCCUCUCACCUGUCAUGCCUCUCACCUGCCAUGCCUCUCACCUGCCAUGCCUCUCACCUGCCAUGCCUCUCACCUGCCAUGCCUCUCACCUGUCAUGCCUCUCACCUGUCAUGCCUCUCACCUGUCAUGCCUCUCACCUGUCAUGCCUCUCACCUGUCCAUGCUCUUCACCUGCCAUGCCUCUCACCUGCCAUGCCUCUCACCUGUCAUGCCUCUCACCUGCCAUGCCUCUCACCUGCCAUGCCUCUCACCUGCCAUGCCUCUCACCUGCCAUGCCCUCUCACCUGUCAUGCCUCUCACCUGUCAUGCUCUCACCUGCCAUGCCUCUCACCUGCCAUGCCUCUCACCUGCCAUGCCUCUCACCUGUCCAUGCCUCUCACCUGUCAUGCCUCUCACCUGUCAUGCCUCUCACCUGUCAUGCCUCUCACCUGUCAUGCCUCUCACCUGUCAUGCCUCUCACCUGUCAUGCCUCUCACCUGUCAUGCCUCUCACCUGUCAUGCCUCUCACCUGUCAUGCCUCUCACCUGUCAUGCCUCUCACAUGCCAUGCCUCUCACCUGCCAUGCCUCUCACCUGCCAUGCCUCUCACCUGUCAUGCCUCUCACCUGCCAUGCCUCUCACCUGCCAUGCCUCUCACCUGCCAUGCCUCUCACCUGCCAUGCCUCUCACCUGUCAUGCCUCUCACCUGUCAUGCCUUCACCUGUCAUGCCUCUCACCUGUCAUGCCUCUCACCUGUCAUGCCUCUCACCUGUCAUGCCUCUCACCUGUCAUGCCUCUCACCUGUCAUGCCUCUCACCUGUCAUGCCUCUCACCUGUCAUGCCUCUCACCUGUCAUGCCUCUCACCUGUCAUGCCUCUCACCUGCCAUGCCUCUCACCUGCCAUGCCUCUCACCUGCCAUGCCUCUCACCUGCCAUGCCUCUCACCUGUCAUGCCUCUCACCUGUCAUGCCUCUCACCUGCCAUGCCUCUCACCUGCCAUGCCUCUCACCUGCCAUGCCUCUCACCUGUCAUGCCUCUCACCUGUCAUGCCUCUCACCUGUCAUGCCUCUCACCUGUCAUGCCUCUCACCUGUCAUGCCUCUCACCUGUCAUGCCUCUCACCUGUCAUGCCUCUCACCUGUCAUGCCUCUCACCUGUCAUGCCUCUCACCUGUCAUGCCUCUCACCUGUCAUGCCUCUCACCUGUCAUGCCUCUCACCUGCCAUGCCUCUCACCUGCCAUGCUCUCACCUGCCAUGCCUCUCACCUGCCAUGCCUCUCACCUGUCAUGCCUCUCACCUGUCAUGCCUCUCACCUGUCAUGCCUCUCACCUGUCAUGCCUCUCACCUGUCAUGCCUCUCACCUGUCAUGCCUCUCACCUGUCAUGCCUCUCACCUGUCAUGCCUCUCACCUGCCAUGCCUCUCACCUGCCAUGCCUCUCACCUGCCAUGCCUCUCACCUGCCAUGCCUCUCACCUGUCAUGCCUCUCACCUGUCAUGCCUCUCACCUGUCAUGCCUCUCACCUGUCAUGCCUCUCACCUGUCAUGCCUCUCACCUGCCAUGCCUCUCACCUGUCAUGCCUCUCACCUGCAUGCCUCUCACCUGCCAUGCCUCUCACCUGCCAUGCCUCUCACCUGCCAUGCCUCUCACCUGCCAUGCCUCUCACCUGUCCAUGCCUCUCACCUGUCAUGCCUCUCACCUGCCAUGCCUCUCACCUGCCAUGCCUCUCACCUGCCAUGCCUCUCACCUGCCAUGCCUCUCAACUGCCAUGCCUCUCAACCUGUCAUGCCUCUCACCUGUCAUGCCUCUCACCUGUCAUGCCUCUCACCUGUCAUGCCUCUCACCUGUCAUGCCUCUCACCUGUCCUUCUCCACCUGUCAUGCUCUCACCUGUCAUGCCUCUCACCUGUCAUGCCUCUCACCUGUCAUGCCUCUCACCUGCCAUGCCUCUCACCUGCCAUGCCUCUCACCUGCCAUGCCUCUCACCUGCCAUGCCUCUCACCUGCCAUGCCUCUCACCUGUCAUGCCUCUCACCUGCCAUGCCUCUCACCUGCCAUGCCUCUCACCUGCCAUGCCUCUCACCUGCCAUGCCUCUCACCUGUCAUGGCCUCUCACCUGUCAUGCCUCUCACCUGUCAUGCCUCUCACCUGUCAUGCCUCUCACCUGUCAUGCCUCUCACCUGUCAUGCCUCUCACCUGCCAUGCCUCUCACCUGCCAUGCCUCUCACCUGUCAUGCCUCUCACCUGUCAUGCCUCUCACCUGUCAUGCCUCUCACCUGCCAUGCCUCUCACCUGCCAUGCCUCUCACCUGUCAUGCCUCUCACCUGUCAUGCCUCUCACCUGCCAUGCCUCUCACCUGCCAUGCCUCUCACCUGUCAUGCCUCUCACCUGCCAUGCCUCUCACCUGCCAUGCCUCUCACCUGCCAUGCCUCUCACCUGCCAUGCCUCUCACCUGUCAUGCCUCUCACCUGCCAUGCCUCUCACCUGUCAUGCCUCUCACCUGUCAUGCCUCUCACCUGUCAUGCCUCUCACCUGUCAUGCCUCUCACCUGUCAUGCCUCUCACCUGUCAUGCAUCUCACCUGUCAUGCCUCUCACCUGUCAUGCCUCUCACCUGUCAUGCCUCUCACCUGUCAUGCCUCUCACCUGCCAUGCCUCUCACCUGCCAUGCCUCUCACCUGUCAUGCCUCUCACCUGCCAUGCCUCUCACCUGCCAUGCCUCUCACCUGCCAUGCCUCUCACCUAUCAUGCCUCUCACCUGUCAUGCCUCUCACCUGCCAUGCCUCUCACCUGCCAUGCCUCUCACCUGCCAUGCCUCUCACCUGCCAUGCCUCUCACCUGCCAUGCCUCUCACCUGCCAUGCCUCUCACAUGGCAUGCCUCUCACCUGCCAUGCCUCUCACCUGCCAUGCCUCUCACCUGCCAUGCCUCUCACCUGUCAUGCCUCUCACCUGUCAUGCCUCUCACCUGCCAUGCCUCUCACCUGCCAUGCCUCUCACCUGUCAUGCCUCUCACCUGUCAUGCCUCUCACCUGUCAUGCCUCUCACCUGUCAUGCCUCUCACCUGCCAUGCCUCUCACCUGCCAUGCCUCUCACCUGUCAUGCCUCUCACCUGUCAUGCCUCUCACCUGUCAUGCCUCUCACCUGUCAUGCCUCUCACCUGUCAUGCCUCUCACCUGCAUGCCUCUCACCUGCCAUGCCUCUCACCUGUCAUGCCUCUCACCUGUCAUGCCUCUCACCUGUCAUGCCUCUCACCUGUCAUGCCUCUCACCUGUCAUGCCUCUCACCUGUCAUGCCUCUCACCUGUCAUGCCUCUCACCUGUCAUGCCUCUCACCUGUCAUGCCUCUCACCUGUCAUGCCUCUCACCUGUCAUGCCUCUCACCUGUCAUGCCUCUCACCUGUCAUGCCUCUCACCUGUCAUGCCUCUCACCUGUCAUGCCUCUCACCUGUCAUGCCUCUCACCUGUCAUGCCUCUCACCUGUCCAUGCCUCUCACCUGUCAUGCCUCUCACCUGCCAUGCCUCUCACCUGCCAUGCCUCUCACCUGCCAUGCCUCUCACCUGCCAUGCCUCUCACCUGCCAUGCCUCUCACCUGCCAUGCCUCUCACCUGUCAUGCCUCUCACCUGUCAUGCCUCUCACCUGCCAUGCCUCUCACCUGCCAUGCCUCUCACCUGUCAUGCCUCUCACCUGCCAUGCCUCUCACCUGCCAUGCCUCUCACCUGUCAUGCCUCUCACCUGUCAUGCCUCUCACCUGUCAUGCCUCUCACCUGUCAUGCCUCUCACCUGUCAUGCCUCUCACCUGUCAUGCCUCUCACCUGCCAUGCCUCUCACCUGCCAUGCCUCUCACCUGUCAUGCCUCUCACCUGCCAUGCCUCUCACCCUGCCAUGCCUCUCACCUGCCAUGCCUCUCACCUGCCAUGCCUCUCACCUGUCAUGCCUCUCCACCUGUCAUGCCUCUCACCCUGUCAUGCCUCUCACCUGCCAUGCCUCUCACCUGUCAUUGCCUCUCACCUGCCAUGCCUCUCACCUGUCAUGCCUCUCACCUGCCAUGCCUCUCACCUGCCAUGCCUCUCACCUGCCAUGCCUCUCACCUGUCAUGCUCUCACCUGUCAUGCCUCUCACCUGUCAUGCCUCUCACCUGUCAUGCCUCUCACCUUCAUGCCUCUCACCUGCCAUGCCUCUCACCUGCCAUGCCUCUCACCUGUCUGCCUCUCACACUGUCAUGCCUCUCACCUGUCAUGCCUCUCACCUGUCAUUCCUCUCACCUGCCAUGCCUCUCACCUGCCAUGCCUCUCACCUGUCAUGCCUCUCACCUGUCAUGCCUCUCACCUGCCAUUCCUCUCACCUGUCUGCCUCUCACCUGUCCAUGCCUCUCACCUGUCAUGCCUCUCACCUUUCAUGCCUCUCACCUGUCAUGCCUCUCACCUGUCAUGCCUCUCACCUGCAUGCCUCUCACCUGUCCUGCCUCUCACCUGCCAUGCCUCUCACCUGCCAUGCCUCUCACCCUGUCCAUGCCUCUCACCUGUCCAUGCCUCUCACCUGUCAUGCCUCUCACCUGUCAUGCCUCUCACACUGCCAUGCCUCUCACCUGCCAUGCCUCUCACCUGCCAUGCCUCUCACCUGUCAUGCCUCUCACCUGCCAUGCCUCUCACCUGCCAUGCCUCUCACCUUGCCAUGCCUCUCACCUGUCCAUGCCUCUCACCUGUCAUGCCUCUCACCUGCCAUGCCUCUCACCUCCAUGCCUCUCACCUGCAUGCCUCUCACCUGCCAUGCCUCUCACCUCCAUGCCUCUCACCUGCAUGCCUCUGCACCUGCCAUGCCUCUCACCUGCCAUGCCCUCUCACCUGCCAUGCCUCUAACUCAUGCCUCUCACCUGCCAUGCCUCUCACCUGCCAUGCCUCUCACCUGCAUGCCUCUCACCUGCCAUGCCUCUCACCUGCAUGCCUCUCACCUGCAUGCCUCUAACUGCCAUGCUCUCACCUGCCAUGCUCUCACCUGCCAUGCCUCUCACCUUGCCAUGCCGCUCACCUGCCAUGCUCUCACCUGCCAUGCCUCUCACCUGCCAUGCCCUCUCACUCUCACCUGCCAUGCCUCUCACCCUGCCAUGCCUCUCACCUGCCAUGCCUCUCACCUGGCCAUGCCUCUCACCUGCCAUGCUCUCACCUGCCAUGCCUCUCACCUGCCAUGCCUCUCACCUGCCAUGCCUCUCACCUGCCAUGCCUCUCACCUGCCAUGCCUCUCACCUGCCAUGCCUCUCACCUGCCAUGCCUCUCACCUGCCAUGCCUCUCACCUGCCAUGCUCUCACCUGCCAUGCCUCUCACCUGCCAUGCCUCUCACCUGCCAUGCCUCUCACCUGCCAUGCCUCUCACCUGCCAUGCCUCUCACCUGCCAUGCCUCUCACCUGCCAUUGCCUCUCACCUGCCAUGCCUCUCACCUGCCAUGCCUCUCACCUGCCAUGCCUCUCACCUGCCAUGCCUCUCACCUGCCAUGCCUCUCACCUGCCAUGCCUCUCACCUGCCAUGCCUCUCACCUGCCAUGCCUCUCAACCCUGCCAUGCCUCUCACCUGCCAUGCCUCUCACCUGCCAUGCCUCUCACCUGCCAUGCCUCUCACCUGCCAUGCCUCUCACCUGCCAUGCCUCUCACCUGCCUGCCUCCCAUGCCUCUCACCUGCCAUGCCUCUCACCUGCCAUGCCUCUCACCCUGCCAUGCCUCUCACCUGCCAUGCCUCUCACCUGCCAUGCCUCUCACCUUCCAUGCCUACUCACCUGCCUGCCUCUCACCUGCCAUGCCUCUCACCUGCCAUGCCUCUCACCUGCCAUGCCUCUCACCUGCCAUGCCUCUCACCUGCCAUGCCUCUCACCUGCCAUGCCUCUCACCUGCCAUGCCUCUCACCUGCCAUGCCUCUCACCUGCCAUGCCUCUCACCUGCCAUGCCUCUCACCUGCCAUGCCUCUCACCUGCCAUGCCUCUCACCUGCCAUGCCUCUCAACCUGCCAUGCCUCUCACCUGCCAUGCCUCUCACCUGCCAUGCCUCUCACCUGCCAUGCCUCUCACCUGCCAUGCCUCUCACCUGCCAUGCCUCUCACCUGCCAUGCCUCUCACCUGCCAUGCCUCUCACCUGCCAUGCCUCUCACCUGCCAUGCCUCUCACCUGCCAUGCCUCUCACCUGCUCACUGCAUGCCUCUCACCUGCCAUGCCUCUCACCUGCCAUGCCUCUCACCUGCAUGCCUCUCACCUGCCAUGCCUCUCACCUGCCAUGCCUCUCACCUGCCAUGCCUCUCACCUGCCAUGCCUCUCACCUGCCAUGCCUCUCACCUGCCAUGCCUCUCACCUGCCAUGCCUCUCACCUGCCAUGCCUCUCACCUGCCAUGGCCUCUCACCUGCCAUGCCUCUCACCUGCCAUGCCUCUCACCUGCCAUGCCUCUCACCUGCCAUGCCUCUCACCUGCCAUGCCUCUCAACCUGCCAUGCCUCUACACCUGCCAUGCCUCUCACCUGCCAUGCCUCUCACCUGCCAUGCCUCUCACCUGCCAUGCCUCUCACCUGCCAUGCCUCUCACCUGCCAUGCCUCUCACCUGCCAUGCCUCUCACCUGCAUGCCUCUCACCUGCCAUGCCUCUCACCUGCCAUGCCUCUCACCUGCCAUGCCUCUCACCUGCCAUGCCUCUCACCUGCCAUGCCUCUCACCUGCCAUGCCUCUCACCUGCCAUGCCUCUCACCUGCCAUGCCUCUCACCUGUCAUGCCUCUCACCUGUCAUGCCUCUCACCUGUCAUGCCUCUCACCUGUCAUGCCUCUCACCUGUCAUGCCUCUCACCUGUCAUGCCUCUCACCUGUCAUGCCUCUCACCUGUCAUGCCUCUCACCUGUCAUGCCUCUCACCUGUCAUGCCUCUCACCUGUCAUGCCUCUCACCUGUCAUGCCUCUCACCUGUCAUGCCUCUCACCUGUCAUGCCUCUCACCUGUCAUGCCUCUCACCUGUCAUGCCUCUCACCUGUCAUGCCUCUCACCUGUCAUGCCUCUCACCUGUCAUGCCUCUCACCUGUCAUGCCUCUCACCUGCCAUGCCUCUCACCUGCCAUGCCUCUCACCUGCCAUGCCUCUCACCUGCCAUGCCUCUCACCUGUCAUGCCUCUCACCUGUCAUGCCUCUCACCUGUCAUGCCUCUCACCUGUCAUGCCUCUCACCUGUCAUGCCUCUCACCUGUCAUGCCUCUCACCUGUCAUGCCUCUCACCUGUCAUGCCUCUCACCUGUCAUGCCUCUCACCUGCCAUGCCUCUCACCUGCCAUGCCUCUCACCUGCCAUGCCUCUCACCUGUCAUGCCUCUCACCUGUCAUGCCUCUCACCUGUCAUGCCUCUCACCUGUCAUGCCUCUCACCUGUCAUGCCUCUCACCUGUCAUGCCUCUCACCUGUCAUGCCUCUCACCUGUCAUGCCUCUCACCUGUCAUGCCUCUCACCUGUCAUGCCUCUCACCUGUCAUGCCUCUCACCUGUCAUGCCUCUCACCUGUCAUGGCCUCUCACCUGUCAUGCCUCUCACCUGUCAUGCCUCUCACCUGUCAUGCCUCUCACCUGUCAUGCCUCUCACCUGUCAUGCCUCUCACCUGUCAUGGCCUCUCACCUGUCAUGCCUCUCACCUGUCAUGCCUCUCACCUGUCAUGCCUCUCACCUGUCAUGCCUCUCACCUGUCAUGCCUCUCACCUGUCAUGCCUCUCACCUGUCAUGCCUCUCACCUGUCAUGCCUCUCACCUGUCAUGCCUCUCACCUGUCAUGCCUCUCACCUGUCAUGCCUCUCACCUGUCAUGCCUCUCACCUGUCAUGCCUCUCACCUGUCAUGCCUCUCACCUGUCAUGCCUCUCACCUGUCAUUGCCUCUCACCUGUCAUGCCUCUCACCUGUCAUGCCUCUCACCUGUCAUGCCUCUCACCUGUCAUGCCUCUCACCUGUCAUGCCUCUCACCUGUCAUGCCUCUCACCUGUCAUGCCUCUCACCUGUCAUGCCUCUCACCUGUCAUGCCUCUCACCUGUCAUGCCUCUCACCUGUCAUGCCUCUCACCUGUCAUGCCUCUCACCUGUCAUGCUCUCACCUGUCAUGCCUCUCACCUGUCAUGCCUCUCACCUGCCAUGCCUCUCACCUGUCAUGCCUCUCACCUGCCAUGCCUCUCACCUGUCAUGCCUCUCACCUGUCAUGCCUCUCACCUGUCAUGUCAUGCCUCUCACCUGUCAUGCCUCUCACCUGUCAUGCCUCUCACCUGUCAUGCCUCUCACCUGUCAUGCCUCUCACCUGUCAUGCCUCUCACCUGUCAUGCCUCUCACCUGUCAUGCCUCUCACCUGUCAUGCCUCUCACCUGUCAUGCCUCUCACCUGUCAUGCCUCUCACCUGUCAUGCCUCUCACCUGUCAUGCCUCUCACCUGUCAUGCCUCUCACCUGUCAUGCCUCUCACCUGUCAUGCCUCUCACCUGUCAUGCCUCUCACCUGUCAUGCCUCUCACCUGCCAUGCCUCUCACCUGCCAUGCCUCUCACCUGCCAUGCCUCUCACCUGUCAUGCCUCUCACCUGUCAUGCCUCUCACCUGUCAUGCCUCUCACCUGUCAUGCCUCUCACCUGUCAUGCCUCUCACCUGUCAUGCCUCUCACCUGUCAUGCCUCUCACCUGUCAUGCCUCUCACCUGUCAUGCCUCUCACCUGUCAUGCCUCUCACCUGUCAUGCCUCUCACCUGUCAUGCCUCUCACCUGCCAUGCCUCUCACCUGCCAUGCCUCUCACCUGUCAUGCCUCUCACCUGUCAUGCCUCUCACCUGUCAUGCCUCUCACCUGUCAUGCCUCUCACCUGUCAUGCCUCUCACCUGUCAUGCCUCUCACCUGUCAUGCCUCUCACCUGUCAUGCCUCUCACCUGUCAUGCCUCUCACCUGUCAUGCCUCUCACCUGUCAUGCCUCUCACCUGUCAUGCCUCUCACCUGUCAUGCCUCUCACCUGUCAUGCCUCUCACCUGUCAUGCCUCUCACCUGUCAUGCCUCUCACCUGUCAUGCCUCUCACCUGUCAUGCCUCUCACCUGCCAUGCCUCUCACCUGUCAUGCCUCUCACCUGUCAUGCCUCUCACCUGUCAUGCCUCUCACCUGUCAUGCCUCUCACCUGUCAUGCCUCUCACCUGUCAUGCCUCUCACCUGUCAUGCCUCUCACCUGUCAUGCCUCUCACCUGUCAUGCCUCUCACCUGUCAUGCCUCUCACCUGUCAUGCCUCUCACCUGUCAUGCCUCUCACCUGUCAUGCCUCUCACCUGUCAUGCCUCUCACCUGUCAUGCCUCUCACCUGUCAUGCCUCUCACCUGUCAUGCCUCUCACCUGCAUGCCUCUCACCUGUCAUGCCUCUCACCUGUCAUGCCUCUCACCUGUCAUGCCUCUCACCUGUCAUGCUCUCACCUGUCAUGCCUCUCACCUGUCAUGCCUCUCACCUGUCAUGCCUCUCACCUGUCAUGCCUCUCACCUGUCAUGCCUCUCACCUGUCAUGCCUCUCACCUGUCAUGCCUCUCACCUGUCAUGCCUCUCACCUGUCAUGCCUCUCACCUGUCAUGCCUCUCACCUGUCAUGCCUCUCACCUGUCAUGCCCUCUCACCUGUCAUGCCUCUCACCUGUCAUGCCUCUCACCUGUCAUGCCUCUCACCUGUCAUGCCUCUCACCUGUCAUGCCUCUCACCUGUCAUGCCUCUCACCUGUCAUGCCUCUCACCUGUCAUGCCUCUCACCUGUCAUGCCUCUCACCUGUCAUGCCUCUCACCUGUCAUGCCUCUCACCUGUCAUGCCUCUCACCUGUCAUGCCUCUCACCUGUCAUGCCUCUCACCUGUCAUGCCUCUCACCUGUCAUGCCUCUCACCUGUCAUGCCUCUCACCUGUCAUGCCUCUCACCUGUCAUGCCUCUCACCUGCCAUGCCUCUCACCUGCCAUGCCUCUCACCUGCCAUGCCUCUCACCUGCCAUGCCUCUCACCUGCCAUGCCUCUCACCUGCCAUGCCUCUCACCUGUCAUGCCUCUCACCUGCCAUGCCUCUCACCUGCCAUGCCUCUCACCUGCCAUGCCUCUCACCUGCCAUGCCUCUCACCUGCCAUGCCUCUCACCUGCCAUGCCUCUCACCUGUCAUGCCUCUCACCUGUCAUGCCUCUCACCUGUCAUGCCUCUCACCUGUCAUGCCUCUCACCUGUCAUGCCUCUCACCUGUCAUGCCUCUCACCUGUCAUGCCUCUCACCUGUCAUGCCUCUCACCUGUCAUGCCUCUCACCUGUCAUGCCUCUCACCUGCCAUGCCUCUCACCUGCCAUGCCUCUCACCUGCCAUGCCUCUCACCUGUCAUGCCUCUCACCUGUCAUGCCUCUCACCUGUCAUGCCUCUCACCUGUCAUGCCUCUCACCUGUCAUGCCUCUCACCUGUCAUGCCUCUCACCUGUCAUGCCUCUCACCUGUCAUGCCUCUCACCUGUCAUGCCUCUCACCUGUCAUGCCUCUCACCUGUCAUGCCUCUCACCUGUCAUGCCUCUCACCUGUCAUGCCUCUCACCUGUCAUGCCUCUCACCUGUCAUGCCUCUCACCUGUCAUGCCUCUCACCUGUCAUGCCUCUCACCUGUCAUGCCUCUCACCUGUCAUGCCUCUCACCUGUCAUGCCUCUCACCUGUCAUGCCUCUCACCUGUCAUGCCUCUCACCUGCCAUGCCUCUCACCUGCCCUGCCAUGCCUCUCACCUGCCAUGCCUCUCACCUGUCAUGCCUCUCACCUGUCAUGCCUCUCACCUGUCAUGCCUCUCACCUGUCAUGCCUCUCACCUGUCAUGCCUCUCACCUGUCAUGCCUCUCACCUGUCAUGCCUCUCACCUGUCAUGCCUCUCACCUGUCAUGCCUCUCACCUGUCAUGCCUCUCACCUGUCAUGCCUCUCACCUGUCAUGCCUCUCACCUGUCAUGCCUCUCACCUGCCAUGCCUCUCACCUGCCAUGCCUCUCACCUGUCAUGCCUCUCACCUGUCAUGCCUCUCACCUGUCAUGCCUCUCACCUGUCAUGCCUCUCACCUGUCAUGCCUCUCACCUGUCAUGCCUCUCACCUGUCAUGCCUCUCACCUGUCAUGCCUCUCACCUGUCAUGCCUCUCACCUGUCAUGCCUCUCACCUGUCAUGCCUCUCACCUGUCAUGCCUCUCACCUGUCAUGCCUCUCACCUGUCAUGCCUCUCACCUGUCAUGCCUCUCACCUGUCAUGCCUCUCACCUGUCAUGCCUCUCACCUGUCAUGGCCUCUCACCUGUCAUGCCUCUCACCUGUCAUGCCUCUCACCUGUCAUGCCUCUCACCUGUCAUGCCUCUCACCUGUCAUGCCUCUCACCUGUCAUGCCUCUCACCUGUCAUGCCUCUCACCUGUCAUGCCUCUCACCUGUCAUGCCUCUCACCUGUCAUGCCUCUCACCUGUCAUGCCUCUCACCUGUCAUGCCUCUCACCUGUCAUGCCUCUCACCUGUCAUGCCUCUCACCUGCCAUGCCUCUCACCUGUCAUGCCUCUCACCUGUCAUGCCUCUCACCUGCCAUGCCUCUCACCUGCCAUGCCUCUCACCUGCCAUGCCUCUCACCUGCCAUGCCUCUCACCUGCCAUGCCUCUCACCUGUCAUGCCUCUCACCUGUCAUGCCUCUCACCUGCCAUGCCUCUCACCUGCCAUGCCUCUCACCUGCCAUGCCUCUCACCUGCCAUGCCUCUCACCUGCCAUGCCUCUCACCUGCAUGCCUCUCACCUGUCAUGCCUCUCACCUGUCAUGCCUCUCACCUGUCAUGCCUCUCACCUGUCAUGCCUCUCACCUGUCAUGCCUCUCACCUGUCAUGCCUCUCACCUGUCAUGCCUCUCACCUGUCAUGCCUCUCACCUGUCAUGCCUCUCACCUGUCAUGCCUCUCACCUGUCAUGCCUCUCACCUGCCAUGCCUCUCACCUGCCAUGCCUCUCACCUGCCAUGCCUCUCACCUGUCAUGCCUCUCACCUGUCAUGCCUCUCACCUGUCAUGCCUCUCACCUGUCAUGCCUCUCACCUGUCAUGCCUCUCACCUGUCAUGCCUCUCACCUGUCAUGCCUCUCACCUGUCAUGCCUCUCACCUGUCAUGCCUCUCACCUGUCAUGCCUCUCACCUGUCAUGCCUCUCACCUGUCAUGCCUCUCACCUGUCAUGCCUCUCACCUGUCAUGCCUCUCACCUGUCAUGCCUCUCACCUGUCAUGCCUCUCACCUGUCAUGCCUCUCACCUGUCAUGCCUCUCACCUGUCAUGCCUCUCACCUGUCAUGCCUCUCACCUGUCAUGCCUCUCACCUGUCAUGCCUCUCACCUGCCAUGCCUCUCACCUGCCAUGCCUCUCACCUGUCCAUGCCUCUCACCUGUCAUGCCUCUCACCUGUCAUGCCUCUCACCUGUCAUGCCUCUCACCUGUCAUGCCUCUCACCUGUCAUGCCUCUCACCUGUCAUGCCUCUCACCUGUCAUGCCUCUCACCUGUCAUGCCUCUCACCUGUCAUGCCUCUCACCUGUCAUGCCUCUCACCUGUCAUGCCUCUCACCUGUCAUGCCUCUCACCUGUCAUGCCUCUCACCUGCCAUGCCUCUCACCUGCCAUGCCUCUCACCUGUCCAUGCCUCUCACCUGUCAUGCCUCUCACCUGUCAUGCCUCUCACCUGUCAUGCCUCUCACCUGUCAUGCCUCUCACCUGUCAUGCCUCUCACCUGUCAUGCCUCUCACCUGUCAUGCCUCUCACCUGUCAUGCCUCUCACCUGUCAUGCCUCUCACCUGUCAUGCCUCUCACCUGUCAUGCCUCUCACCUGUCAUGCCUCUCACCUGUCAUGCCUCUCACCUGUCAUGCCUCUCACCUGCCAUGCCUCUCACCUGCCAUGCCUCUCACCUGUCAUGCCUCUCACCUGUCAUGCCUCUCACCUGUCAUGCCUCUCACCUGUCAUGCCUCUCACCUGUCAUGCCUCUCACCUGUCAUGCCUCUCACCUGUCAUGCCUCUCACCUGUCAUGCCUCUCACCUGUCAUGCCUCUCACCUGUCAUGCCUCUCACCUGUCAUGCCUCUCACCUGUCAUGCCUCUCACCUGUCAUGCCUCUCACCUGUCAUGCCUCUCACCUGUCAUGCCUCUCACCUGUCAUGCCUCUCACCUGUCAUGCCUCUCACCUGCCAUGCCUCUCACCUGUCAUGCCUCUCACCUGUCAUGCCUCUCACCUGCCAUGCCUCUCACCUGCCAUGCCUCUCACCUGUCAUGCCUCUCACCUGUCAUGCCUCUCACCUGUCAUGCCUCUCACCUGUCAUGCCUCUCACCUGUCAUGCCUCUCACCUGUCAUGCCUCUCACCUGUCAUGCCUCUCACCUGUCAUGCCUCUCACCUGUCAUGCCUCUCACCUGCCAUGCCUCUCACCUGCCAUGCCUCUCACCUGUCAUGCCUCUCACCUGUCAUGCCUCUCACCUGUCAUGCCUCUCACCUGUCAUGCCUCUCACCUGUCAUGCCUCUCACCUGUCAUGCCUCUCACCUGUCAUGCCUCUCACCUGUCAUGCCUCUCACCUGUCAUGCCUCUCACCUGUCAUGUGCCAUACCACACGCCAUGCUUUUUGGGUUUACCUGAUAGCUGCAUGCGGCACUUCCUCGCCUGCCACAAACAGAAUGCGAGCUGACGAUGACGAUGCUGCUGCUGCUGCCGCAGACACAGGCUUUCGGCGGUACGACGUUGCAGCAGAACCAGCAGCAGAAGCACCACCAGCAGCAGAAGCAGCAGCAGCAGCGGCAGCUUCAGCUUCUGUCAGCAGGGCAUAG